UCCAAGGCAGUUUGGAGUGGACGGAACCUCUGGCUGCUGAAGGGCCUCCUUUAAACAUCACAAUGGCAGAGGAGUGGGGAAGACAGGUGUACGCAGCCAGACGACACCAUGAUGAUACAACAAGAGGAUCUGCAUUCACUUACACCAACAGUAACCACACCAAAGAUCCCUUUGAGGGUCCUAAUUACCACAUUGCUCCCAGAUGGGUUUACAAUGUUGCAACAGCCUGGAUGUUUGUUGUGGUCGUUCUGUCCGUCUUCACCAACGGUCUCGUCUUGGUGGCCACAGCGAAGUUCAAGAAGCUGCGUCACCCUCUGAACUGGAUCUUGGUCAAUCUUGCCAUUGCUGAUCUUGGAGAGACAGUUUUUGCCAGCACCAUCAGUGUAUGCAACCAGUUCUUUGGCUACUUCAUCCUUGGACAUCCUAUGUGCGUCUUUGAGGGAUAUACGGUCUCAGUCUGUGGUAUCACUGCUCUUUGGUCACUGAGUAUCAUCUCCUGGGAGAGGUGGGUUGUUGUGUGCAAGCCUUUUGGAAAUGUCAAGUUCGAUGCCAAAUGGGCCUUAGGUGGGAUCGUGUUCUCCUGGGUGUGGUCAGCGAUCUGGUGUGCCCCCCCUAUCUUCGGAUGGAGCAGGUACUGGCCUCAUGGGCUGAAGACAUCCUGUGGACCUGAUGUAUUCAGCGGCAGCGAAGACCCUGGAGUCCAGUCUUACAUGAUCGUUCUCAUGGUCACAUGUUGCUUCCUUCCUUUGGCCAUCAUCAUCUUGUCCUAUAUCGCAGUGUGGUGGGCCAUUCAUUCUGUUGCCAUGCAGCAGAAAGAAUCAGAGUCGACCCAGAAGGCUGAGAGGGACGUGACCAGAAUGGUGGUUGUGAUGAUCCUGGCGUUCUGUCUCUGCUGGGGACCGUACACCGUCUUUGCCUGCUUUGCUGCCGCUAACCCUGGAUAUGCCUUCCAUCCACUGGCUGCUGCUAUGCCUGCAUACUUUGCCAAGAGUGCCACCAUCUACAACCCCAUCAUCUACGUCUUCAUGAACAGACAGUUCCGCUCAUGCAUCAUGCAACUCUUUGGCAAAGAAGUAGCAGAUGAGUCUGAAGUAUCUACAUCAAAGACAGAAGUCUCCUCUGUGGCUCCUGCAUAAACCUCUGUUUGAUCACAUUUGUUUUGCAGAAAAGUUACAUCCACUUUGAUUUGUAAAUUAUUGUCAUGUAUUGUAUUCAACAAUUUCCUUUUUUUUUUCUAGUGAAUAUAGUGUCCGGCAAAUGA